GCUGCGCCUGCGCAGGUUAUUGGCGCCAAGAUGGCGAUGGAGAUGCGCCUUCCGGUGGCGAGGAAGCUUCCCAGCGAGAGCCUGGGGCGUGAUACCAAGAAGCACUUGGUGGUGCCGGGGGACACGAUCACUACGGACACGGGCUUCAUGCGGGGCCACGGGACCUACAUGGGGGAGGAGAAGCUCAUCGCCUCCGUGGCCGGCUGUGUGGAGCGAGUGAACAAGCUGAUCUGUGUGAAAGCGCUGAAAACCAGAUACAACGGUGAAGUCGGAGACAUUGUGGUGGGGAGGAUCACAGAGGUCCAGCAGAAGCGGUGGAAGGUGGAGACCAACUCCAGGCUCGACUCAGUCCUGCUGCUGUCGUCCAUGAACCUCCCUGGAGGAGAGCUGAGAAGGAGGUCUGCAGAGGACGAGCUGGCCAUGAGGGGCUUCCUGCAGGAAGGGGACCUCAUCAGUGCUGAGGUCCAGGCCGUGUUCUCGGACGGAGCUGUCUCUCUGCACACGAGGAGCCUGAAAUACGGCAAACUAGGCCAAGGUGUCCUGGUGCAGGUGUCGCCCUCGCUGGUGAAGCGGCAGAAGACCCACUUCCACGACCUGCCCUGCGGCGCCUCCGUGAUCCUUGGCAACAAUGGCUUCAUCUGGAUCUACCCGACCCCCGAGUACAAGGAAGAGGGUGCGGGGGGCUUCAUCGCAAACCUGGAGCCCGUGUCCCUCGCCGACCGAGAGGUGAUAUCCCGGCUCCGGAACUGCGUCGUGGCGCUGGCCACCCAGAGGAUGAUGCUGUAUGACACCAGCAUCCUGUACUGCUACGAGGCGUCCCUGCCGCAUCAGAUCAAAGACAUCUUAAAGCCAGAAAUAACGGAGGAGAUUGUGUUGGAAACGCGCCAGAGACUUCUGGAACAGGAAGGCUGAGCGGCUUCCGAGGGCCGGCCCAGCGUACCUUGCUGGAGCAGCUCUCCCUACGAGGUCCCACGGGCAGCUCAGAGGAGUGCUGAGAGACGCUCACUUUGCCUGCGUCACAGCCGCGUGGCCGCCUCCAGCCCUGUGGCCUGCCUUCUGUCCCAAGACAGCCUGGGGCAGUGAGCAGCGCUUCUGGCCUGGGGUUUGCCGCACUGGUGGGUGGUUUUGGGUUUUACAGUGCCGCGUCCAGGACCCCCACACCCCAGAACAAUGGGGAGACUCACUCGUCUCCCACUCUGUCAUUCACAAGGGCCACUGCCCUGUGCACCUGCGCCCAGUAGUACGGUGACAGCCCUCACCCCACACACCGUGCGCCGGCCUCCGUCCCCACCGCCUCGGAGGACACAGCUGGCAAGGGCAGCCAGCAGUGAGAGGGGAGAAUAAAGGUGGCCGGGCGGCCUCCCGCGUGCUUGGAAGCUUGUUUCCCAGCGUGUUCCUUCCAGAGACGGCCACGCCAGGCAGCCUGCGCGUGCUGGCCCGGCAGCGCGAGCUGGGAGAAGCCGGUGGUUGUCCUAAGAGAGGAUGAAUGUCCUGGCCCGUGUGCAUAAAGGAAACAAAUAAGAAAAAUGGAGACGGGAAAGCAAAGCUGUUUUCUUCUGAUAAUUGAAAUAGUAACACAUUAACUUCUGAAUCAUUCAAGGUUAAAAGAUUAAAACAGGAAGUUGAAGCUCUCAGUGAGAAGUGUUAGAAUUCCCAUUUGUUCUGAUAAUAACCAAAAAAUGAUACCCUGGGGCCAGCGCGGUGGCAUGGCAGGUAAAGCUGCACUAUAUACCGGCAUCCCAUAUGGGCUCCAGUUUGAGACCCGGCUGCUCCUCUUCUGAUGCAGCUCUCUGCUGUGGCCUGGGAAAGCAGUGGAAGAUGGCCCAGGACCUUGGGCCCCUGCACCCACGUGGGAAACCGGGAGGAGGCUCCUGGCUUCGGAUUGGCCCCGCUCUAGCUGUUGUGGCCAUCUGGAGAGUGAACCAGUGAAUGGAAGAACCUCUCUCUCUCUCUCUCUCUCUCUCUCUCUCUCUCUCUCUCUGCCUCUGCCUCUGCCUCUGCCUCUGCCUCUCUGUAACUCUGCCAGUCAAAUAAAUAAAUACAUCUUUUUAAAAAUUAAAAAAAAAUGAUGCCCUGGUAGUUUUAUUUAUUUGAAAGGCAGAGUGACAGAGAAAUCUUUAUCUGCUGGUUCACACCCCAAAUGUCUGCAAUGGCCAGGGCUGGGCCCAGCUGAACCCGGGAGCCAAGAACUCCAUCCAUGUUUUCCCUGGGUGCCAGGGGCCCAGGGGCUUGGGCCAUCCUCCACUGCUUUCCCAGGCGCAUUGGCAGGGAGCUGGAUGGGAAGUGGAACAGCUGGGACUGCAACUGUGGUCCGGUUUGGGAGGCACCGCCUGCUGCUUCCUGGGUCAGCAUUAGCCGGAAGCUGGAGUCACCGGAGCUGACUUCAGUCGGGAGCAUCGUCCCGGUGAGCAUGUUGGUCACUGGGCCAAGUGCCCACCCGUUUUGGGAAAAUCUCAAGGUGUCUUAUGCAAGUGUGGUUUAUUGCACAUAUGUGAACUGUUUUUUUAAAGUCAUUGAUCUGAAAGACAGUACUAGGACCCUCUGUCCACUGGUUCACGCCCCAAAUGGCUGCACCAGCCAGGGCUGGACCAGGCGGGAGCCAGGAGCUCCAUCUGGCCCUCCCAUGUAGGUGGCAGAAACUGAAGUACUCACCAUCAUCCAUUGCUGUCCCCUGUAUGUCAUGGGGAGCUGGGUCAGAGUGGAGAAGUUGGGUUCAAACCAGCACUCAGGGGGACACAGGCUUCCAAGCGGUAGCUUAACCCACUGCUCUGUGCACCUGGCUGGAGCUAUUUUGUGACACUUGGAAAUGCAUUGGUGUCACUGGUUUCUCAUCUAAGGUUGUGGUCAUUCGGAGCUGCGUGCGGCUGGAGGAAGGAGUGGAUGACGCCCCGGUGGACACCUCACCACUGCUGGGUCACCGUGGAAUGCGAACCCGAGAGCUUCAGGGGUAGUGACUGAACCUUGCCUUUGACGGCUUUGAAAUACAGCUUGGCUCUUUCAUUAAAAAACAUGCUGCUUUGUCACAUUACUCCAUAGACAGUU